CCAUAGGUAACAGAGAAGAGGAAACCUAACCAAUGACUAUGGAAUAAUAUGGAAGAAGAUGGAAAAAACUUGUUUAAUGGGUUGAAAGAGUGGAGAUUUCCAUAAGACAUGGAUAGAUGCAAACAUGUAGGGCGGUUGCGGCUCGCCCAGGACCACUCCAUCCUGAACCCUCAGAAGUGGUGCUGCAGGGAGUGCACCACCACCGAGUCCGUGUGGGCUUGUCUCAAGUGCUCCCACGUGGCCUGCGGCCGGUACAUUGAGGAUCACGCCCUUAAACACUUUGAGGAGACUGGACACCCCCUUGCCAUGGAGGUCUGGGAUCUCUACGUGUUCUGUUACCUGUGCAAGGACUAUGUGCUCAAUGAUAACCCGGAGGGGGACCUGAAGCUGCUGAGAAGCUCCCUCUUGGCCGUCAGGGGCCAGAAGCAGGACCUGCCGGUGAGGCGCGGGCGGAUGCUGCGGUCCAUGGCCGCGGGCGAGGACGCCAUCCCGCUGCAGCAUGCCCCUCAGGGACAGCCGCAGAUGCUCACGGCUCUGUGGUACCGGCGCCAGCGCCUGCUGGCCAAGACGCUGCGGCUCUGGUUCGAGAAGAGCUCCCGGGGCCAGGCGAAGCUGGAGCAGCGGCGGCAGGAGGAGGCGCUGGAGCGCAAGAAGGAGGAGGCGCGGCAGCGGCGGCGCGAGGUGAAGCGGAGGCUGCUGGAGGAGCUGGCCAGCGCCCCUCCGCGCAAGAGCGCGCGCCUGCUGCUGCACGCGCCCCGGGCCGCGGCCCCGCGCCCCGCCUCGCCGCGCGCGCCCGCCGGGGCCGCCUCCACGCGCCGCGCCCCCGCCAUGGCGCCCGGCGUCACGGGCCUGCGCAACUUGGGCAACACCUGCUACAUGAACUCCAUCCUCCAGGUGCUCAGCCACCUCCAAAAGUUCCGAGAGUGUUUUCUGAACCUCGACCCUUCCAAAACGGAACACCUGUUUCCCAAAACCAACGGGAAGGCUCCACUGUCGGGCAGGCCGGCCAGCAGCUCGGCCACUGAGCUGUCUGCGAGGAGCGACAGGGCUGAGUCGGGCGAGCGGGAGGGCCUCUGCUUGAACGGCGGGGCCUCCAUCAGCCGGAGCCUAGAACUCAUCCAGAACAAGGAGCCGAGCUCGAAGCACAUUUCCCUCUGUCACGAACUGCACACCCUCUUCCGAGUCAUGUGGUCUGGCAAGUGGGCCCUGGUGUCACCCUUCGCCAUGCUUCACUCAGUGUGGAGCCUGAUCCCUGCCUUCCGCGGCUACGACCAGCAGGACGCGCAGGAAUUUCUCUGCGAGCUGUUGCACAAAGUGCAGCAGGAACUCGAGUCCGAGGGCACCACGCACCGGAUCCUCAUCCCCUUCUCCCAGAGGAAGCUCACCAAACAGGUCUUAAAGGUGGUGAAUACCAUAUUUCACGGGCAGCUACUUAGUCAGGUCACAUGUAUAUCAUGCAAUUACAAAUCCAAUACCAUUGAGCCCUUUUGGGAUCUGUCCCUGGAAUUCCCUGAACGCUAUCACUGCAUAGAAAAGGGGUUUAUCCCUUUGAAUCAGACAGAGUGCCUGCUCACUGAGAUGCUGGCCAAGUUCACAGAAACAGAGGCCCUGGAAGGGAGAAUCUACGCUUGUGACCAGUGUAACAGCAAACGACGAAAAUCCAAUCCAAAACCCCUUGUUCUGAGUGAAGCUAGAAAACAGUUAAUGAUCUACAGACUACCUCAGGUCCUCCGGCUGCACCUUAAAAGAUUCAGGUGGUCUGGCCGUAAUCAUCGAGAGAAGAUUGGGGUCCAUGUCGUCUUUGACCAGGUAUUAACCAUGGAACCUUACUGCUGCAGGGACAUGCUCUCCUCUCUUGACAAAGAGACCUUUGCCUAUGAUCUCUCCGCAGUGGUCAUGCAUCACGGGAAAGGGUUUGGCUCAGGACACUACACAGCCUAUUGCUACAACACAGAGGGAGGUUUUUGGGUCCACUGCAAUGACUCAAAGCUGAAUGUAUGCAGUGUCGAGGAAGUGUGCAAAACUCAAGCCUACAUCCUUUUUUACACUCAAAGAACAGUUCAGGGCAAUGCAAGAAUCUCAGAAACCCAACUCCAAGCUCAGGUGCAGUCCAGCAACAACGAUGAGGGCAGACCACGGACCUUCCCCUGAAUGGGAGGCAUGUAUCAAGGACUGGCUUGCUUUUAAACUAUUGGUGUCUAUUCAUCUUUCCUCUUAUAGGAAAUAAGGUUUACUGCAGGAACAGAUUACUAGGUUUGCCUCACUGGGUCUAGAGCAGAAGGUGCCAGGUGACUCAUGUCCUAUCAUAAAAUUUAUAGUCUCUUUUGAAUGCAUUUGGAAAUUCUCUCCUUUGAUAAAACCAACCAAAAGGAGUAACUUCUAUGAAGAUUCUUUCAUCAGUUGCUUCUGAAUAUAAAGGGAUCUGGGUGGAGAAAAGAGGGAGUAAAUUGCUUAUAUCCAGCCAGGAGAGCAGCCAUGUUUCUUUCCAUUAUGUGAUUCCGCUGCUAAUCAGGACCUCCUUACAGCUUCAGAAGAACCCUCCUGAUGUGAGCAGCCCUGGAGAGAGCACGUGAGGAGGGGCCCUGGGCUGGCAGCUUGCUGGAUGGGAUUGGUUCCAAGGUGGGAGGUGAAGUCUAAGGAUUUGUUUCUACAAAGGAAAUAACUCAAGGGUUGAAAACUUGCAGAUUUCCUUUUUUAGGGGGUAGUAGUUGAAGAGUGGAAUGCAAUGCAUGGAGCAAAUUUCCCCAUGCAAAAUGGGAGGAUUUUCAAGUGUCAUAGCCUCCCUGGCUGCUGCUGUCAUUUAACCAUUCCACAUCUUCUGAGGCUGGCAUGAACAUCCCUUCAUUCUAAAGAAGGAGCAGUUCAUAUGGGGACACAAUAAACUGGUACCUGACAUGUUCUUUCUUGCAUGCUGAGCCUCUGGGCACUCCUGGCUAUCCAGUUCUAUUCCUGGUUCAGGUCAGGUCAAGGUCUAGGGUUUGGUUUAAAUUGGCCUUUAGGUCAGUUGUCUGAGGCUUUCUCAGAACUCAGUUAAGGGUGGGCAGGGAUACUGGACCACCUUAUCUGAAUGCCUAUCACCUGUUCUCACCUUGGUGCAGCAUGCAGCUUUUCUUAGCCUGCAGCUUCUUCCUUGUACCUGGAGGGCUAGAAUAUUCUUGUUCACCACAAGGUUUGAGAGCUUUUGCUUUCCUAGGGCUUAGGAACCUACCCCCUAUAUGUCUGAGCAGUUUAUUGCUGAUGGCCCUGGCCUAUUUCCUCCAAAAUCUGAAAAUCUCUACUGUUUCUUUACCCAACCACACUCAGUCCAUCAGAGAAAAGCAAGAGUGCCCUGUCCUUUACCCCAGUGCUAGUAAAAUAUCUUUCUUUUAAAACUGGGUCAGUUUCUAAGUGGAAUGAAAUUGCCCAGAUGGAAAAACCUCCUCCCCAUCGGGCACUACUGAAUUUCCCUUCUCAAUCCUUUGCUUAGACUCACCAGUAACAGUGAAUGCAAACCAUAACUCCCAUUGUGGGGGUUGCUGCAGCCUGCCUCAGCCUGUCACUAUGAAUGCUCAUCUUUUGACUGAGUAUAUCAUAUCAGUAUUUCAAUUCAGGUAGAAGUACAGUUGUCACUUGAAGGGAGUAGAUGUGGAAGGGAGUUUGGGGAGGGGUGGGAAGUUGGGAAGACGCUAAAGAUUAAGGGUCGUAGCUUUAGUGAUGUUGAUGAGCCACAUUUCCCAAGCAGAUCUGUAGCAUCUGCUGUUGACCUCUUUUGAGAUGAACUCUCCCAUAGGACCUGCCAGAUAGCACUGAGACAUGGAAGAAAUUCAGACAGAAAAGGGCUCGCCCUGAUAAAGGGGGAGUGACUAUAUUUUAAAUUAAACUUGCUUUUUCCAACACUGUGAGAUUUCUGUAAUAUUCAGCUUUUAUUUGGAAGCGAUAGCGUAUGGCAUUUUUUAUGCUGUUUGGUUUAUAUUGUCUACUGCAGGCUUCUUAUGUACAAGCUUGGCCAGGGCUCACCCUCUUCCUGGACGCUGUUUUAAAGUGUCACAGCUGCCCAUGCUGCCAGAGGCUCUGAUGUGAAGCUAUACUCUCUAGAUCCACAUUUUUAAGUCAGCAUGAUUGGCAAUGACUUCUAGAGAAGCCCAUUAACUCAAAAAAACCAAGGAGAGUAAAAAGGAAAGGAAAAUAGAAACUGUGCCUCACCUUUCAUUGAAUGCUCUAUUUAUUAUUCUAGAAAAAGAGAACUUACAAAUGGAGAAAAACUAAUAGAGCAUCUACUUCAUCCCUCAGGCUGUCCAGGGGGAAAUACUUAAAAAAAAUAAAAUAUGCAUUUAAUGAAAAAUUAAAGGAUCUUCAAAUUUAAUUUUAAAAAAUAGUUUUAUACCAAAUAUUAUAAGGGUUAUUAAGCAGAUUAAGGAUUUUGUAAAAUAACUGCUUAACUUAGCUGAGCACCCAUGUAUCAAAUGAAUAAAAUCAUUUAAAGCGAGUUGGAAUAGAAAUCAAUAUCAGAGUCCUCACCGAGCUGCACACUCUUGACGGUGCCCCUGCAGUCACAGACACCUCAGGUACCCAGAGGCAGCAGCACUAGACGCUGUUGAGAAGUUAGUAUUUAUGGAGAUUUUUAUUAAAAAAGAGUUCCCUGCUGCAUAAGCCAGUAGCUGUUGUGAGGGAAAUGUCCCUUUGCCUUUAAUUUAUUUACAUACUGGAAGUAGAUGAAGUUCUUAGUUGCAUCUUUAAAUUGAAGCAUUCUGAAGAGAAGAAAACAACCACCAGGUAGAAGUUGACUAGAAGCUGCCAGAUUACAUCCCGCAUCUCCUAACUGAACCUUAUGGGCCUGCUUCUCUCCCAGAUGAGUAGUUAGAGUCCUGUUCCAGGAACCCUUUGCAGUUGGCUGGUGUGUUUACUUUCUGCUGUAACCAGCCAAGGUGAACGCACCCUGGACCUCAAAAAUGAUUUUUACCUCAAUCUAGCUUGACCCUCAUACUUGUGGUUGCCUGAGAUGAGCAUCCAUGCUACUGUAAAAAAAGUUAGGAAUGCUCUCAACAGCCAGGAACUGAAGCUCUUAUUAAAUGGUGGGCAGAGCUCUUGCCAGCUUUGACCCAGCUCCUCUGAGGCUGAGGGGGGCAGUGCCACAAUGUAAAGAAUUUCCAGAUGUCUCUUAAAACGUCAUGAAUAAAAUUGAAAACUGUAGAAGUGUUAAUGUGUCCUAUGGACUCAAUAGCAGAGUUUAUUUUUGUUUUUAACGGCAAGGCUUCUAGAAUCAUUGAUUGUAUGAGUUCCCUACUCUGGCUAUGCUUACAGUUCCAUCCAAGUGCAAGAACUAAUGAGGUUGGUUGGCUGGCAGUGGGGCACGGCCCUAGCCAGGCCCCAGCAUAAGCCCAAGAGAGGUCGACAGUAGUGCAGAGUGAAAACUUGGGUGGGUAGGGGGUGGGAAUGUGGGUGGGCAGGCAGGGAGGGAGAAACGGAGUUUGUUUUACUUACUGAUAAAGCUUUGUGAACUAAUUUUAUACAAUUCAUAAAAUUUGGUGCCUUGUACCCAAUUAUGGUUUGCAUGGAACUGAAAAAGAUUAAGGGGAAGGAUUCCUUCUUGUCAUUUCAAGUGGCAAAUGGGUCUGUAUAGUGUAAAGGACAUUUGGUAUCAGACUUUUUUAAAGCAUUUCAUAUCUCUUGCGUGUGAAAGCAAAUUAUCCUUACCAGCAAGUGCUGAAAUUCUACUGUAAUGUCCAAAAUCUUUGUAUUUGUAAUUAUUCAUCAAAUGGCUGCUUUUCAAGGUAGACUAUGUACCCCAUUCUUUUUCACCAUCCCUUUUAUGGUACAAACAUUAACUCGGUCAGGCCUUUUCAAAUCAGGCUGGGAAGGCUAUCCCUUCCUAAACAUAUAUUAUAUCCCUAUCUUGGGUUGUACCUUAUGAGUGGAAGGGUUGCUUUUCCAGCUGGUUGGGAGAGCACAAAUGUUCAGGAAAGGCCUUUUAUUGUUUCUAAUGCUGGGCAACUUAUGGUAGAAGUCAGACAAAAAUGGUUGCUCCUGAAGUCAUACCUUCAUUAGUUCUGAAGUUCUUUUGCACAUUUCACAAAGCAGUAUAGAACACAAUCCCCCAUAUGUGAACCUUUAGAUUGUAAGGCAAGCCAGUGCACUGUGUAGUAUGCAAAAGGGAUGGCUCAAAGAACCUGUCCCAGCCCCCCAGCCCGUUUUCAUCAGGUGCUGCCCUGGAUGGUGCUGAGUGGCUGUGAGAGUGGAGGAGACCCAGUCUGCUCACCUGCAAGACUGUUUCUAGCAUGUUCCUUUUACUGCGACCUUAAGGUUUUCACUGAGCUCAUGAGACUUCACCAAAGGGUGUCUAAAAAGCUCACCACUGAAAGCACAUUUGAUAAUUGGGUCCCUCAGCCUAAUUACUGGCCCAAUUAGGUAAGGAGGUUCUAUCUUUGAAGUAAAACCUCCCAUGGCCACUUAGUUUUUUACUGGGUAAGUAUGCUCCUUGGUGGUUCGGAUUCUUUUUUGAAGUCAGCACUACAGCUGAAAAGCGCCUUCUAAAUAUGGCUGUGAGUCUAGUUUCUAUCUUCUACAUUUAAAUUAACCAUCUUUUGGUCUAGGGCUUUCACUUUAACCACUGUGUAGUCGUUCAACCACACAUUGCUCUAAAUACACCAGAGCUACUACCACAUUGAGGCAAGUGGUCAUUUUUAUGGACUCUUUCCAUACUUACUUCUGCUGGCACGUUUCCUAACCUAGGUAGUAUAUAAGGGAUUUUCCUAGCACUGUGUUAACUAGCCAGGGCUGAAAACUGUGUGACAGAAUGUAAAACUGACUUCCCUUGGGGAGAAUGUUAUGUGUUAGAAUGGUAAAAGCCAGCACUUUCUUUUACAGAAUAAUUAUCAAUAUUUCUGGAAAUUGUAAAUUUGGUUGCUUUAUUUGCUAAAUUCUUAUCACAUUGAGGAAUUAAGCUAGUUUAAAUGACACUUUACCUGCAUUAUGGCUUUACAAACCAACCAACAGUAAACACUAUUACUUGAAACUAAAACAUUAAAUUCUGAGUGAAAUUUGAAUUCUGCCUUUGGAAGCUGCCAUGUCUUAAUUUUUGCGAGAUUUUGAUUUUCAACUUUGAAAAUUUUUAUCAAAUAGAAUUAUUCACAAUUAUGAGUUGAUUGGGUAGCAGACUUCAAGGAUAUAAGUUUCAUUCUAUAAAGAACGGGAGGUGCUGCUAUUUCUUGUAUUAGCAGCGUCUGGUGCAGGUCUGAAGGGGGCUAGAAUCUAUGCUAUGGCUUAAACGUCUCCUUCCUGCUCACCAGCCUAUGUGAACCGUCCUCAUCUUAACAUCCAUAAACCUGUCAAAUGAUCUGCGGUCCCAGUGUAGGCUCUUCACGGAUCUUGGUUUCAUGUUAAGAGAGCCACAGGCCUGAAUUCACACAAGCUCAAACUCCUUUCUCCUAACAUAUGGGAGCUGCCUGAUUAAUACUCACAAGAAAAUGGUGCUUUUUAUUAUAUAUAUAUAAUUCUCAAACAAUUCCCAGCUUUCUUAACAAGAUUUAUGCUGGCAGGGUUGAGGAGGACUAGUCUGUCCUAUUUACCUUUAGUGAACAGACUGCUAGAGACAACAUCUGUCAACUGUAACAACUAGGCCACUGUGGUGCAUUUAUACUGACCCGCCUUUCCAAUUCAUGUCCUUUAACCUCAUACCAGUUCCAUAGGAGACUUGGCACUGAAAAGCAGUAUUUUUUAAAAUGUAGGAAAAACAAGUAGAAGUAAAUCAACUAAAAAAAAUUGCCAAGGGGCACCUGUCUCUGUCUCCACAUCUUUCUAAACCUACACGCCUCUUUCCAUGUCAGUUCCUUACAUAUUCCAUUUCCAAAGAAACCCAAACUCCUGGACAGUCACACUGCCAUGAAUUUUAGGGUCAGAAAACAUCUAUUUCCUUGUGAAGGAAGCAGCUUCCUCAAGCAGUGUCACUUUAGUGCCCACUGCCCAGGCUUACUUACACCUUGCCUCCACCUGCACACCACUGCCUUCUUUCUGCCAAAAGAUCUCACUCUGUUACAGCAACACUGCCUCCCUGGUGCCUGGAACACCCCUCCCCCCACACACUAAAAUGCUAUGCAACACCAAAUAGCUUCCUCCCUAGUAUGGCUCAAACAUGCAAAUUCCUCCAGAAUAAGCUUCACAGUGGCUACAGUUUCCGUUUCUUUUUUUUGUUUAUUAUGAAGCAAACCACCUCUGUUACAAUCCAUGUUUGGGCUUUGUUCCUCUCUCUUUUGAGUGUGAAAUAUAAAUCAUGUUUUUAUGAUUUUUGUAAAUCUUGACUUUUUACACCUUGUUUUUGUAAGCCGAAGUUUCUUAUUAAAAGAAUAAAAUGGC